GUGCAGAAAAAAGCAAUCUGCAUGGAGAUUGUUAUUGAAAAGAUUUUAAAAAGUAUUUACAUGCAAGUGGAUCAUGUGCGAAGAUUCAUUGCAUAGCUUAAUAUUUUUAUAAGAGACUGGGGCUUAUAUUACUUGCUUUCUAUUGAUUAAUAGUAAAGAAGUCGGUACAAAGAAGCAAUGUUUCGGAGCAGGAUUAACCAUUUGCUAAGGCAGGUGAUUUUUUACUAGUAGUAAGUAGCAGUAGUAGUAGAGCCGAUUAUGCCCUGAUCGAUUUGACUUAUGUCACUUAUGUCGAAAACAAAAUUUAAAAAAGUCGGCCAAUGAAUGAUGUCUGCUCGAAAAUGAGCUAAUAUAUGCCUAGCCGUUUUAGUUAACAUUAAUAUUGACAAUUAGUAAUGUCAAUGUCCCUGGCCCUGAUCUUCAAAGUGAAAGAGUAUUUUAAUUGUGGGCAAAAUAAUAGUCUUAGAUCUAGUCUUAGUCAUGCAUGCAUUAUAACACUGACAUUAUAACUAUAAUAUUAUAAUAUAAAUAUAAUAAAAGUGUAGUAUUCAAUAUGUUGUCAUGACAUGACAACAUAAGUCAUGUAUCUGACUUUUUUGUAUAUCCGUAAGACUAAGACACUAUCAAAUUCAGUUAAAGUAAUCACAAUAAUGAAUGAUGAUUGAAUGUACUUUGACUGAAAUUUUACAUUCAAACAUUAGCCCUAAUAUCACUGGCAAGGGCAAGAGCCUGCUUUCAGUUUCAGCUAUUGAAAGACUCCAGAAUCUCUUAUCUCCCAUUCAGUGAUUCACUGACUUAGGCUAUACACAUUUUUAACUUUUCUUCUAAUAUUUCUACUUCUAUGUAUAGUCAUAGUAUAGGCAACAUAGGACUGGCAUUAUAUUAAACUCAUCAACUUGCCCCAGGAUAAGGCAGUUAAGCAGUCACCCUAAAAAAUUAAAGACUGAAAAUUAUUAACUUUAUUCUAUGUAUAGUGGCAUUGAGUCAUUAUUUUUUUUAAUUGUUUGCUUGGCUUAGGACUAGUUGAUGAGACCUAUGAAUAAUUGUGGUUUCUAAGGGCUCAAUUUUUAUUGUGGUAAUAUGCACACACUUUAAUUCUUACUGUUUCUGCCCUUUUGCUGAAACACAUUGUCAUCAUUUCAACUUAAUGCAAAAACAAUCUAUAUAUCCAACAAAUUAUGCUCAUAAUUGUGUGUUGUAAACAAACAAAUGAGGGAAGGCGGCUGGUCUUGCUGCAUAUAUGAGGGAUUCAAUAAAUUAUAUAGCUGUCACGCUCAGGCCCUACCUUUUGUACAUAUAAUAUUGGCUGUAAAUAAGGUCCUAUUAGAAUGAAUGUAAAACAUGUAGGUCAAAAUCUAUAUAUAUAACAUUGUCAAUGACUUAAAUCUGAGUGAAUAACUUUCAUUAGUUGAAAAAAAUGAUAUUUUUACCAAAAAUUGAGUGCUGCACCUUUCAUAGUAGACCAUGUAUAUGAUCCUAUUUUUUCACCAAAUAAAAUAACCACUUUAUUUUAUUUUUAACUCAAAAGCAUGCUAAAAAUGUACAAAAAGAGUAAUUUUAUUUAUAAAAAUUAUUUAUGUAAGCCAAAUUAAGUAACAGCACGAAAUGAAAAUAAUAACAGAAUCGGGUCACAAAAUGUGGUAAGGCAGGCCAUAGUUAAAAGGACAAACUCCCGUUUACAAGAAUUUACUGCCAAAAACCACUAAAGAAAGUUUUUUAACUUUAAGUUUGCUCUACAUAACUAUAAUUUUUGGAAUUUAACAUUUAUUCUUAUGAAAGUCACUAAGGCCAGGCCAUGUUCAUUUCAAAUCAGGCUAGACCUAUUUGAGGAAGGAAGCAUUGUGAUAUAACCAUCACAUAUUAUGCUUAGGUUGUUCCUCACAGUAACCAACACAGGCCUUAAUUCAUUUUUUACAACUUAUUCUGUCUUUGCAUUCAAUUCUAAAAACUGAUUGAAUAAUUACCCUUUUCAAACUUAAAAUUUUUAAAUUUGUUUUUGAGCAAUAUAUAACACAUAAAUAGUAAAUUAUUUUUGUUAUCUUUAUAAAAUAUGAUGUUCAAUUAGGUUUACCAUACACCUAAACCGGUUUUGCAUUGUUUCCUGGUUUUCAUCUCAGUUUGGUAGAAAUGCUAGAUCAUCUAGUUCAAACUAGUAUGCAUUAAGAAGUGAAAAGUAAUAUGCCCAAGUUUACAGUCAGUAAUCUUCUCAUGACUAUGAUAAGUUCUCCGGUACUAAGGUCUUCAGAGAUUUAAAAAUAAAAGAAAUUAUAAAGACAUUACUAUAAUGUAGAUUCAGGAGAGAACUAUAAAUGUAUGAAUAGUUUAGCCCAAAUGGCUUAUUGUCAUGAGUUAACUCUUUGUGGGCCACUUGUUAUUACACCUAAUAAAUAAUAUAAACACCAAAUAAAUGAUGUACAGAACUAUUUAUUCAUUCUUAAUGCACAUGUUCAAGGCUAUACAAGACCACUUUAAUAAUAAUAACAAAGGCAAAGUGUGCAAUCUGUAGACAUAUGAAAUGCCUGAUGAUCCUAGUUACUAGUAUGAAAUGAAUUAGUCAUUAUACACAUUGCCUAGACUGGACUUGGGCAAAGUAUAUAAUAGUAUGAAAGGGAUUGGAGUUGUUAUAAACAAAAAUGAAAGCAGGGGCAACAAUAUUUACAGUUUUUCAAUUUUUUUUUGCAUUUAUGGCAGAAGUCUGAAUUUCAAAUACCUUGCUGACAUAAUGCCUUUUUUUAUUAACUAAAUUUUUUUUUUCUAUUUUUGGCCCUUGGUGUUACACAUGCACUUAACACCUUUUUGCCCAGGUCCAUUAGAGCUGUUGCAGCUGACCUGAGUAAGAUGUGUUUGUCCAUUGAAAUGUCAUUUAAUGGCAAUAAAGGCUUCUUAUCUUACACACAGAAAACUGAGUUGGGUGGACCAUCCCUGCUGUUGAUAAAGAAACAAUAUUACUUUUAAUUUAAAGCAUCUGGUCAAAAUCUGUUUAAAAUUGUCCAAAAUUUAGCUAAUAUAUAUAGUUAAAACCGUAUAGGAGUUUUUAAUGAACAUUGAAAUUUACAAUACUGUCAAAAUCUCUAAAGUUAAUGUAGUUAAUGAGAGGGAGAAUAGGUCUUACUCUUUUUGAAAAAAUGUAACACUAGGCUGUUCAUUAAUUUAGCCAUUAAAUUCGACUUCUACAGAGUAAUUAAAGUAAUGGUCUCUCUACUUAUUAUUGCUGCUUGCAGGGUAACCAGCAGCUGAGAUGCAGUUUGUUUGAUCUAUCCAUAUUUGUGAUGUAUAAUAUUUCCAUCUAGGGCCUAUCCCUCUUUGAAUCUGAGGGUAGAAGUUCACAAGGAUCAGCACAAGGCCUUAGCAUUGCUGCCUGGUCUUCGUUUUGAUGACAUUAGCCACACUGGUAGGAGAUUGUUAUUCUCAUUUUCAAAAUUUGCACACUGCCUAUUGUCAUUGUUGCGUCUCAACUUUGGCAUAAUCACCUUGUUUUCCUUAUACAUUUAACAAAGAUUAAAAUGAAAAGCAGUUAAUCUGUAGAUGUAUAUAAUUUUUAUCAAACAAUGAAACAAAUUGUAAAACUCAUUCUUGCGUGCGAUAUGCAUAAAAUUGUUGUAUUUUUUGUGUUUACCUCAGGGCAACCUGACCUGCACAGAUUAAUGAAUAUCAUCGGCCGCGUGGAACAUGCAGCACUAUAUGAAAAUAUGAAUUCUUUUUUAGAUUAUCAAAAUCUAAAUCGUAAAGGAAUAGGCAGCUAUACUAGAGCCAUUGUUAUGGAGAUACGUCGGCAUUUUUAUGAGACAACAACUCCAAAAUCACCUAUUCAGGUAAGAACAGACUAUUUACAGGUAUUUUGAAGUUAAUAGAGUUAGUGAUCGAUAGUUUCUGGUUCUGGGCAAAAAUUGAUUUUGAGGCCUUUGAUGGGAAAUUACAAAGAGCAAGACUUUUUCUUAAAUUCACUGAUGGGCUCUCUUCAUCCUCCGUGGGGGUGUGGGGGGGGGGGUGAGGCUUUUUACCCUUCCCCAAAAUAACAGCCUCACAGGCUUAAUGGGGUCCAUCAGGUUAGUUGUGGGAGAUCCCCUCUUUAUAGCAGGUUGCCUUUUCAAAGGUCAUCACAACGCAGUGCUGGCAUUUGUAGGUAAAAGCAAAAUUGCUGCCUUCUUAUCUUGGAUCAAAACAUGCCAGCAUUGUGUCUGAGACUCAAAAUGGUUUGAUUAAAUGAAAGAAUUUUUGUAAGUUACAGGAAAGCAUUUUGUAAGUUAAUACACCUGGAAGGUCAUGAUAAAAAAACUUAAACUUAACUUGUUAAAAUACAUUUCAUUUGUGUAGGUGUCCCUGAGGUUGACAGGGAUGAUGGACACCAUGUACACAGUUCGUAGCAGUGCCACAUUUGGAGGAAGGCAGCGUGCCUCGAUUAUGGUCAAGUCGUGCAACUCCCUUGUCCACCGUGAGUCGGGGCUCACGGAGCAGAUUCCAGAUUGGUGGAGACUCAAAUUUUUACGUUUGUUACCUGAAAUGCCUGACAACUAUCGCCCCGUUCAGCCCCCAGACUCUGUGGGUAAAACUUUUUCUCACAAUGUGCUUGUUCCACUCAGGGACACAGACACCAGCGGAAGAACCAGACACCCUUCUUACACCCGAUAUUUCCAAGAUAACAUCAGCAUAGCGGCCAGCCACAACUUCUACCCCAACUUGGCCAACAUGCUCCAUGAUUAUUACGUCAUGAGGAUCUCGGUGGUACAUUUCUCUCCCAGUGUCUGGGGAGACUCGUUGGUCGUGGAAACAUUUCAGGACCCAAAAGAUGAACUUAAGCUGCAUUGUUUUAUAAGCAAGGAUGGCUCAAUAAAAUGGUAUGGCUGUUUGGAAUAUUACGAGGCCAUGUGUGAACCAGAGGUGGAAACACCUGCAUAUAUGCUGAAGUACCCAUCCCCCAAUACGAUAUAAAUUUAAAGUUGCUGCACUUAACUGCUGCCAUGAUUUGCAUGAACAUAUAGUAAAUAAAUUUUCAAAAUGUUGUUAUGAAUCACGUUUCCAUUAAAAAAAUAAUGAAAAAUACAGAGAAAUUUUGAUCAUCAACAACAUGUAAAACCUAAUUAAAUAAAUUAUUUAUUGUGUGUUCUCAACAAAAAUCUAACUUGAAGAUGUAUAAAGAUAAGAAAUAACUUAUAUCAAAGUGAAUAGUGAAUUUAUAUGGGUUAUAAGAAAGAUGGCAUUCAUUGUUUUUACGUAUAUGCCUUAUUUGAGUUAUCAUGUAUGUUAAACAUUGUAAUUGUAUAGCCCUCAAAAUAAUAUUUUACUUCAAAGUAUGUCAUGCGCUCAAAUGACUUUUUUUUAGAUUUUUUUUUUUAAAAGUUUUCUAUAAUUGCUCUCAUGGGUAUGAAAGAGCAUUAGGGAUGAAGCAGUUAUAUCAAGCAUUAGCUCUGCAUUGGUAUGUGUAGAUUAGUUGUUGAAUAACAUACCCACUGCUCUCGUAAAAGGCUGAAAUCACUUAGUCAAACUGUAGAUACAUGUAACUGUUAAGGCUUCUACACAUUUAUGUAUUAUUUUCUUGUUAAAUUUGAAGAUUUCUUUUGAAAAAUUUUGUGAUAUCCCCUUGUAAGUGGUAUAUAACAAUUUAUUAUAAGUUAGCUAUUCAAUAGGAGAAAGCACUUACACAUCAUAUGGCAAAUUUGGAUUUGCAGCAUCAUUAUCCAACCUUCAAAUGGUCCCGUAAUCAACAUCUAACGCAAUGUGGCCUACAAAAACAAUCAACAACUGACAAAAUUUUCUUCAACCAACUUACCUAAUGAGUUUAAUAGGAGGGAUUCAAUUAUGUAUUUUAAAAAUUUAAGCACAUGAUAAUAUAUCAUCAUCUUCAUUCAUUGACAGAAUGAUCAGAGCGUUGAAAAAUAAGAGCCUAUGUGCCUCUCUGUCAGCGUUAUAAAAGAUUUUAAGUUUAAGGUGGAUAGUAACCCUGAAAUGGAUAAAGUUAUGGGAAACAUAUUUGAACUUUAUAGUUUCUAUACCUAAUAUAGUUACUUUGCGGGGUGCCAUUGACUGCAUUGAAGGAUCAGCAACGCGAUUACUUAUUGCUCACUUACAGUAAAGCCUUUAAUAACAAGCCACAACUUUUUUUUAAUAGAAAUUAACCAAUGAAUAUGACAAUUUUAAACCAUAUUUCCAACCACUUGUUCAUUAUGUAUAAGGUAGUAGUAGUAGCAAGUUUAAAAACAUGUUUCUGUAAUUUACAUGAAAGAUCUUUUGAAAGAUUUUUUUUACACUCUUUGAUCUGUACUGCCUUUUGCAUGUAUAUAACUUAGCAUCGAAAGAUCUCUGAGCUUUUUACCCAAGUUUACACGAGAUCUCCAAUGCUCUUAUCAAAUGACUUAUGCUUAAGUAGAUAAUCAAGAUGAUGAUAUUGAAUGCUCCUCAUACAAUGGAGAUAUCUUAAUGAUUAGCAUUUAACUGUAUAUAUGCGAUAGCGUUCUUUGAAGAAGCUGUCAUGAAUAUGAGAUGUGACGCUUAGGCUAGGCUUUAGACUUAAAUUAAGCUUCACAUUUCUGUCUUGUGAUGCCUCUUUACAGCCUUUUCAAGGGUGAAGCUCAAUUUUUCAAAGUCCGUUUUAAAUCUCUCCCUCCAAGUCUUCCAGAUUCUCUGGUUCCCUUUGAUGGCAUCCAGUGCAGUGCAGUUUUAGCUUUUCCCUUGCUUUUUUUAGGCCUAGGAUAUGCCCUGCUUUUGUAGACUUCUUAUGAUUUUCCUUGCUUUUAUAGGCCUAGGAUAUGCCCUGCUUUUUGUUGGCAUAGGAUUAGUCUAGCUAAAUAUAUUCUGUACAUAGCCACAGUUGUUUUCAGACUUCAUCUCAGGAAUUUAUCCAAAAAAUAAAUGCCAAAAAACGAACUAUUCAACUUGUAUGGUGUUUUGGGGCUUAAUCCCUCUGACCAAUUACCAUCCAGAGAACAGAGUUUACUAUAUCUGUCGGAUCAGUAUAUAGUUAAUACUAUUUCUCAAUUGAAAUAGUUAUUGUCUUGUGAGAACACUGUAAAUUGUGUGUAUUAUGAAAAUUAAAAUAUUUCAAGUAAAAAUUCACUUUAAGCAAGUUUAGUAUGUAGUAUAGAAGAUAUUAUUUCUUUAAUAUUUUUUUUUUUACAAGAUUUAAAUAGUCUCCCUCAAGCAAUACAUUGAUAUUUUAACUUGUAUUUUUUAGAGAUUUUUUUUGGACAUACAUUGAGGGGCAGGACCACCCAUAGAAAAUUCAUGAUGAAACAAUGCAAACAUCAGAGAAUGAACAUAAUAAGCCAGCAUUAUGAAAGUAAAUAUUGUUUUGUUUUCAAAAAUAUUUACUUCAGAAUGGGACUGCAAAUAAACCUUAGAGAAUGUAAACAACUCACAGUUUGUCAGAUUGGCCAGCUGCCUCGAGAAUCUGUAAAAAUGCAGCAUUUGUUAGAGCACCCUCCCCUCAUUCCAUACAUAAUAUAGUGAUAGCCCCCCUAUCAUGCUACCUAUAGCCCCCUAUCAUUCUACCUAUAGCCCCCUAUCAUGCUACCUAUAGCCCCCUAUCAUUCUACCUAUAGCCCCCUAUCAUUCUACCUAUAGCCCCUUAUCAUGCUACCUAUAGCCCCCUAUCAU